AUGAGUUCAUAUCGAAGACUUCUGGCAUUGGCCUGGAUGGCGACACAGGCUCUUAGCCUCAAUAUGCAAAUUGAUGAAUUCUACUCGAAGUCGUUUCUGCCCAACAACAUGAUCGUCAGCUACAAUGUGCGCAAGCCGGAUGCGCUCAACUUCAAUUUGACGGUUUUGGUUCAUUUUCCUGGCAAAUUGCUCAUUCAGAUCUUUGUGCGCAGGCUGGACGAUGUGCCGGGCGGGCCGAAUUCCUUUGAGAUGCUUAGAUUAAAAAAUAUGGACUUCUGCAAGUCGCUCGAGAUGCUGCGCAACAUGACAAAUGAUAAAUUCCACGGCGAGUCUCUAAUCCCGUCCACAUUUCUGAUGUCGUGUCCACUGAUGCCGGGCUUCUACUACGUAGAGAAUAGCAGCUUCGAUGUCAGCGUGUUGCCUUGGCUCAUCAAGGAUGGCAGAUACUUUGCGCUGCUCGAGCUAAUCCAGGUCUACGAAGAGGUAACCAGAUUAAUCAAUUUCAAAGUAAAGGUCAGCAAGAAGACGCCCGAGGCGGAACAGACAAGCGAAAAUCAGAAAACCAGCAAUGAGCUUGGCUUUAAUGAGCUUAACUUUUGA